GUGGUGUGGUGUUGGGGCCUACACCCAAGUCUCUUGUACUGUUGUUGCCAAAUUGAAAUGAAGCGGAGCAACUGCGAUCUUCAUCAAGCUUCUGUGUUCCGUUCUCUUUUACUUUUGCCUUUUCAAAACUUGCAGAGACUCAUUAGACUUAAGCACAUUCCAACGGCCACAGUUGGUCAUCACAUCACACUAUAUAAUCCAUGUUUUGUCCAUAUGCUGUGUUGAACGAUUUGAGUGUAAAAGAUAACAACGUACAAUGAUGCUUCGAUUUCUACUUGUGGUUGUUGUGUUGAUAAGUUGUACGGACAUAUACAAAACAGUAAAAGGAGAUGAAUACACACUUGAAUCAGUGAGAGCAUCAUUGGUUAGACAAGAAGAUACGAUUGUAUUUAAUGUGAUUGAAAGAGCACGGUUCCCUCUCAAUUCUCCUACCUACGAUCCACAUUAUGCUUCCAUUCCCAACUUUUCUGGCUCGUUGUUCGACUUCAUUCUUAACCAAACAGAGGAUAUUCAAGCCAAGAUGGGUAGAUAUAUCAACCCCGAAGAAAAUUCCUAUGAAGAAAAUUUACCUGCCUCACUUGUGCCACAUUACAACUUUUCACAGUUUUUGCAUCCUACAGCUGCUUCAGUUAACAUAAACAAGAGUAUACGGAAAAUAUAUUUCAACGAGAUGCUUCCGCUUUUUGUUACUUCCGGGGACGAUGGCAACUACGCACAAACGGCGGCAAGUGAUCUUUCAUUAUUGCAGGCCAUCUCUAGAAGGAUUCAUUAUGGAAAGUUUGUAGCUGAGGCGAAGUUCAAGGAAAAUCCUCGCGACUAUGAGCCUUUAAUUCGUGCCAAGGACAAAAAAUCAUUGAUGAAAUUGUUGACGGUGAAGAGCGUAGAAGAUAUAGUUGUGAAGAGAGUUGAAAAGAAAGCAAUGGUGUUUGGUCAGGAAGUGAGUCUUGAUCACGAUGUCAAUGGAAAAUACAAGGUUGAUCCUGCAAUAGUUUCCCGCUUAUACCUAGACUCGAUAAUACCCCUAACAAAAGAUGUUGAAGUCGAGUAUUUACUACGUCGUCUCGAUUAAACCCAUAUAAUACCAUUAAAAUUGAAGAAUAAUACAUUGUCACUAUUUAAUUGAUGAAUCAAAUUCUUAAGCAUCUCUAAAUAGUGCAGAAUCUAU